AUGACUUCAAAUUCAAGUAUAGCUAAAGACUCAAUGGGUUUCAGUCAGGGUGAAAGUUUACGAAUCGCAGUAGCUGCCAAUCAGGGAGGACGUAAAUAUAUGGAGGAUCGCGUACAUAUAGAAACUUUAAGAAAAGAAAAUUCAUCGAUUAAAUUCACAUUUUGUGGCAUAUACGAUGGCCACGGCGGACAUGAAGCUAGUGAGUAUGUUAGGAGAAAUCUCUUAAACAACAUCGAGGUAAAUAAGUUAUUCCAUUCGGAUGACGACGAUGAUAUAUUGAAGGCUAUUCGUCUGGGUUUCUUGGCCACACACCAUGGAAUCUGGAGAGAAGUGUUAUCAGUACGAUGUCAUCAGCAAAGCGCAAAUGGUGUAGCUGCCGACCGUCAACCUUCACUCCCAUGUCGUCCCAUUCCAACUGUCGCAUUGCGUUCUCGAGGGUGGCUGUGA